ACGUCAAGAGAUCAAAGUUGACCACUACGCAGUUUCUUCCUUAUUUGAAACACUUCACUUCACAGUGUAGCUUGUCUUUCUUUACCCUUUAUAGCAACUUUAAUGUAGUCUGUCUCAGCGUCAUCAGCACUCAUUACUUCUGAGUAAUAACUUUACGUAAUAAAGAAGAUGGCUUUACUGUUCUGCGAUGCCUUUUGGGGUACUGACUUUACUGACCUGUCAGGAUAUGAGGCAAUAUUGCAGAGGUUACAGGAUGGCAGGCACAUGUGCAAAGAUGUAGAAGAACUGUUGAAAAUGAGAGCACUAGCGGAGGAGAAGUACGGCCGAGAUCUGGUGGCAAUUGCUCGGAAGGCAGAAGGUCAAACCGAGAUUGGAACUUUAAAGGCAUCGUUUGACAAGUUAAAAGCAGAAAUUGAGAAGACUGGAAACCUGCACAUCCAUCUCUCUGAAAGCAUAAAGGAGGAAGUUCAGAAAAUAGAGGCAUUUCGAGAGCACCAGAGGGAACAGAGAAAAAAGCUUGAAGAGAUUAUUGAAAAACUUCAGAAGCCUAAAAUGCUGUUGCACAAGAAGACCAUCGAGUCAAAAAGGUUAUAUGAACAGAGGUGUAAGGAGGCUGAAGAAGCUGAGCAAUCAGUGGGCAAGAAGACAAAUGUGAACACCUCCACCCACCGGCAGUCAGAAAAGGUGAUGAACAGGGCCCGAUUAUGCAGGCAAGCAGCUAGCCUGGCAGAAAAACAGUACAAAUUGAAUGUUGAUCAAUUAGAGAAGACUUGCCAGGACUGGGACAGGACAUACAGGAGUGCAUGUGAGGUGUUUCAGCAGCAGGAGUCUGAGCGCAUUAAUAUCUUGCGCUGUGCGUUAUGGGAUCAUUGCAAUCUGAUAUCCAUGCAGUGUGUCCAGGAUGAUGAUUGCUAUGAAGAAGUAAGAAAGCUUUUAGAGCAAUGUGACAUCAUCGCUGACAACAACUGCUUCAUUAAAAUGAAAAAGACGGCCUGUCGUCCUCCAGCUCCCAUUGAGUUUCAGAGUUACUCUGACUUGGAUGCUAAUGGAGGAGUCAGGGGGGUUGAAACGAAAAGAUUAUCUGCCGUUAUUCCAGGGACUUCUUUCAGUGGGUACCCAGAAGCAGGCAGUAAUUCGGCCGGAACAUACACAUCAGCUCAACAAACAGGAGGAGUAACUGAGAAGUACAUGGUGUUAUAUGAUUUUAAAGCUCAGAUGAUGAACUGUCUGUCAGUAAAGGACAAGUUGUCACAAUCACUGAGCAAGGCGAGGAUGGGUGGUGGAAAGCGUGGAGGGAUGGAAUAUCCGGGCUGGUCCCUGGAACGUACUUGACCAAAAUUUCACCACAGAGUUACAGUACACGUCUUGCUGCUGCUCAUCCUGAACAUAAUCCCAUCAAAUAGAAUUUAGUAUUCAUCAACACUAAGUCUGUGAACUAGUUCAGCAUGCAAAUUGAUGUAGAGUGAUUAUAUCAGUGUACUAGCAGUACAUCAUAUUGAAAGAUAUUAGCUUUCUCGACAAGCAUUUUUAGAAUUAUUCUUAAACAAUCUAUAAGUGAAUAUAAAAUAUUCUGCAGUUGUUUGUCUAAUAGUUCCGAUUAUGAUAAGGUUUAGUCCAUUUUUUACCAUGGUGUAUAGUUAGGAUUUACACAAAAAUAUGAUAUUACUUGUAUUAGAACUAUGAAUUAUAAUGUUUUUUCUUUUUUUCUUACACCCUUUUAUUAAAUGUAUACUGUUAUGUACAUAUUUAUUAUUAAUUUUGUAAUAUUGCUAUAAUUUAUCAUAGUUUAUUUGUCUGGUAGAUGUUGUAAUCUGCAUGCAAGUUCCCUCAAAAAAGGACAUGUCAAACCCAUAUGCCUCAGCAAUGCAUUCAGAAAUGUAAAUGCAUUAAAAGCUACAUUUAACUAAAGAGAGGCAUGACUUUAAUAAAAUCAUAAGUAACCUUGAGUAAGUUCUGAUUAUGUUUUGAUUCAAUUUUAA